UGCGCAUGCGCAGUGCACUUCUCACCGGCAGUGUCAAGAUGGUGGCAAUCAGAAUGCAGUUUACACUUUAUUUGGUGUUGUUUUUAAAUGUUUACAACAGCUUUGUGUCUACGUUGUAUUUUCAUAUCGGCGAGACUGAAAAGAAAUGCUUCAUUGAAGAAAUACCGGACGAAACUAUGAUAAUAGGAAACUACCGAACCCAGCUGUAUGACAAGCAGAAAGAAGAGUAUUUGCCUGCAACUCAAGGACUUGGAAUGUUUGUGGAAGUGAAGGAUCCCGAUGAGAAGGUGAUCCUGUCCCGUCAGUAUGGAUCAGAAGGCAGGUUCACCUUCACCUCCCACACACCUGGAGAGCAUCAGAUCUGCUUGCACUCGAAUUCCUCCAAAUUCGCUCUGUUUGCCGGUGGAAUGCUUCGUGUUCACCUGGAUAUCCAAGUUGGUGAGCAUACAAACAACUAUGCAGAAAUUGCAGCCAAAGACAAGCUCACAGAGUUGCAGCUACGUGUGCGACAGCUGAUGGAGCAGGUGGAUCAGAUCCAGAAAGAGCAGAACUAUCAGAGGUAUCGUGAGGAGCGCUUCAGACAGACCAGUGAGAGCACCAAUCAGAGGGUUCUGUGGUGGUCCAUCGUCCAGACACUCAUCCUGGUGGCCAUCGGAUUUUGGCAAAUGAGACAUCUCAAGAGCUUCUUUGAGGCCAAGAAAUUAGUAUAGAACUUGUGUUUUGGCUUUUGUUUUAAUUGAUACAGUACAGACUACAUUUUUUGUGAGGUCAAGACUGCUGAAAACCCGACAUUCUCUCAGUCCAGGUCCCGCCCUAAAUUCUUCUGUUAAAUCCUGCAUUGAGAGUUUUUUUCACAUUGUUUGCUUCAGUGCCACACCCCACUGUAAUGUGAAUCUAGUUUUUGUUCAGAUAUACAUUACAGUUUGUUCUAGCCUGUGAAAACCACUGACAAUUUCAAGUAAUUAACUGUAUUUAAAACACCUUGUAUUAUAGUGGUUCCUUUUUAUUGUCUGGCCCCUUAAUUUGUUACAAUAAUAUUUAACAUUUAAAUAAGAAAAUGGAAAUACCUAUCAACUGUUUCAAGGACUGCGAGUGUAAUGUUUUUCUACAUGACCUUGGAUUAUUUACCUAAACAUUUACAAUACAAAGAAAAAAACAAAAACUAGUUUAUUCUGGUGGCAGGUGUAAAUGUCUUGUGUUAUGCAGUAAUUAGUAUGGUAUUUAAAGUAUGUUUUUUGAGUGAAUGUUUCUUUUUUCUUUUACAUGCUGGAUACAGUUUUCUCCCAAUAUUUUUAAGCUUUUUGUGAUCAAGGACACCUAGAUCAUAUUAGUAUUUUGCCUUGUUGCAUAUUGAUAGCUACAGUCUUAUUUACUUUGAUGAACUGGUUUUAAAAACAUGUACAUUUGUGUCAAAUGCAUAAUACAUCUAAAUAAACAGCAAAUUGUGGCUAUUAAAAUGUAAAAGGUUGAAAUAUGCAUAAGCCAUUGAGUUUUGUGUUUUUUCAUAAAUGAUACCAAUUCCCUGUUCCGUUGUGGGAAAAUUUUGAUAAAAUGAAUUUGCCAUAUUGCACAUAUUUUCUCAGUUUGAUCUUUUCCUGUAUUCAAAUCCUCAUAUAAACGUAGAGACCCUAAAAUUGAUAAUCUUUCUAUUUAUUUUUCUUUAAAGAUUAAAGAAACAUACUGCCCAGAAUACACUGUAAAAUGUUAUAAUAUGAUUUGUUUGCUUUUUAAAUUCUACAUACUGUAGCUGGUGUCAUCUCUUAAAUUUGGUUUAAGUGUUGUAUAUUCUUUAAAAACGUAGGACUGUGUGUUUUUUAGGUUUUGAUCACUGAAUUGCAUUGGUCUCAUGUUGUACAGGUUCAAAGUGUUUUGCCAUUGUCGUUUAUAUGCAGUCACAGGGAAAUGGGUUUCAGUAGGGGUCGUGUUAUGUAGGGACAAUGGAUGGAUUUUUGUUUUUGGUGAGAAAUCUACCCCAUGCUUGCACUCAUAAAGUUUCCUUUUCCCACCACCAUAGACUUGUGAAGAUCAGAAUUGUCUCCACAAGAAAAUGCUGAUGUUGAUGUAAACAAAAUAAACAUACAAACACCACUAAAUAUGCCUUGAUAA